AUGGGUACGUAAAUUAGAAUGUGAAAGUUGUGUGUUAAGCUCGGGUGUCGGAGGUAUCCCGGGACGUCCUCUCUAGUUUAGUUUGCGCCCAAGUAGUAUGUGUGAGAAUUGUGGAAUGUUGGUGUGCCUGUUUUGCCAUUUUUUAAAUAGGGCGACUGGUUAGGAUAGGUAGCAUACUUUCUGGUGUGAAUGUAUUUAUAAGUAGGUAGGACCUUUUCUAAUUUGAAAAAUCGACAGUGAAAUUGAUACAAAUAGAGCAUGCCACUUGUUUCUGGUUUUACUCUUCGAUUUUUCGAAUUUAGCAUCAUGGUCGCGGUCGUGGAUAGGUCGCGAGUAGGUCACCAAACGAACGUUUAUGUAGGUAUGUACUCGAGCACGCACAUGCAAACGGACAACGAUCACUAUGAUCGAUGGUCGUCCAUAAAGACUCGAGCUAGAUGUAAGUUUCAGCGGGCAUUAAGCUCGAAGAAAGAAGAGGCUAAAAAGUCGAAGAGGCCCGGCAAACUGCCACGAAGAGGGUCGCAACAAAUGGCUUCUCAUCCUCUGGAUCAUUUAAAUGUUUCCAGAGCAUGGAACGUCAUUCUUGUUACUACUUUGUCACUAUGCUCUUUUAAUAAUGUCAGAUGAUGAUGUUGCACUUGACUCAAUGGAUACAGAAGAAGAUAUUUUUUCUCCAAGGAACCGUAAUUUGGGCUCUACUCCCAGAAGAGUUAAAAAUCUACGUACUUUACGAUCGCAUUCAAAUUCUGCUUCACAUAUAUCUAUGAAUAACUUAAGUGUGCGCCGUAGCACACGUCAUAGAAUGCAAACAUAUGAUAAUCUUAAUACUAGUUGGAUUUUAGGUACACAAACAUUGAAAGGUUAUCCUAUGUUUCAACAACAUGGUUCUUCAUCUGAUAAAGAAAUGGUAGAUGAAGUUUCUGAAAGAAAACGUGAUCUUAGGGAACGUAUGCCUCUUAGAUCACGUGAAAAUCAUCCUCCAAAUAAAAAUUCAUCAAGGCAUAUUAGAGAAAGAACAGAACAUGACAGACAAAGUAGUAGAGAACUUAGAGGAAGAGGUGAUCGUGAUCUUAGGGAAAAAACAGAGCAAGACAAAGAUAUUAGAGAUCUCAAAGAUAGACAGGAAAGGGAAAGAACAGAUAGGGAACAUAAAGAUAAGAUGGAAACCAGAAGUAAAUCUAAUGAAGAAAAAGACUUAAGAACAAGAAAGUCUGAUAGUCCAAGUAGGCUUAGAGAAGGACCUGCUACAAGACUCGGUGGAAAUUUAAGUGAGAAAGAUGUGAAGCCUAAAGUAGAACGUGACGAAGCUGAUGAAGAUAGCUCACAAGAAAGUGAGAAAGCAGAAAAUAAUGACAACUCUGAAAAUGAAGAUUGGUAGAUAGUGAUUUAAGUGAAUCUUCCGAUUCCCCUGGUCCUAGGAAGUAUAGUUUACGUCAGAAAAAACCGGCUGUAGAUAGGUUUCAGGCUAAUGUAGAACCAGUUCGACGAUCUAUAAAAGCACUUAGAAGCGUUCUUAGUAAUUCUAUGAGAAGGCGUAAACACAGGAGCAAAAGUACAAGCUCUAGUGAUUCCAGUGAUUCAGAACCUCAACGUUAUGACAAAAAGAAAAGUAAAAAAGCAAGGCAAUCAGCAAUACCUCAAGGUGGACCACCUGAUCGUAAAGCAGAUAUAAAUCCAAUUACUUUAGAUAUUAAUAUUAGAUUCAGUGAUGUUGGAGGUUUAGAGUCACAUAUUCACUGCCUUAAAGAAAUGGUUGUUUUUCCUAUGAUGUAUCCAGAUGUUUUUGAACGUUUUCAUAUUACCCCACCAAAAGGAGUAUUAUUUCAUGGUCCACCAGGAACUGGUAAGACAUUGAUAGCUAGAGCAUUGGCAAAUGAAUGUAGUCAAGGCAGUAGAAAAAUGUCAUUCUUUAUGAGAAAGGGUGCAGAUUGUCUAUCUAAAUGGGUUGGAGAAUCUGAACGCCAGUUGCGAUUAUUGUUUGAGCAGGCUCAACAAAUGAAACCGUCCAUAAUAUUUUUUGAUGAAAUAGAUGGCCUUGCACCUGUUCGAAGUACGAAGCAGGAUCAAAUCCAUGCUAGUAUUGUAUCUACCCUUCUGGCGCUUAUGGAUGGCCUCAGUGAUAGGGGAGAGGUGAUAGUUAUCGGAGCAACUAAUAGAAUAGAUGCUAUUGAUCCAGCAUUGCGUAGACCAGGUCGUUUUGAUCGGGAAUUAUUUUUUCCCUUGCCUGCCAUGAAAGAAAGGCUGGAAAUAUUAAAAAUUCAUGUUAGCAAAUGGAAAAAUUCUCCAUCUGAUCAAUUAUUAGAAAUAUUAGCUGAAAAAGCAACGGGUUAUUGCGGCUCAGAUUUAAGAGCUUUAUGCACCGAAGCAGUUUUGCAAGGAUUACGAAGAACUUACCCACAAAUAUAUAUGACAAAUAAUAGAUUACUUUUAGAUCCUGAACGAAUUGAAGUGAAAAAACAAGAUUUCUUACAAGCCAGUUCUAUUCUCGUACCGUCGUCACAAAGAGUGUCACCUUGUGCUCGAAGAAAACUACAACUUUUCAUGGAACCUUUAUUAGGACCUCUGCUGGAGGAGUUACUUAAUUCAAUAAAAGGAAUAUUUCCACAGGGAGUUAAUUCUGCUAUGGCAAAAGUGAAAAUUACCAAAGGAAUACAUCGUCCAAGACUAUUAAUUUCUGGAGGAAAUUUGUCUGAAGGUCAAGGACCACAUCUAGCACAAGCAUUAUUAUACCAUAUGGAACAUCUACCGGUACAGACAUUAGAUGUUAGUACUCUUUUCGCAGAGAGUGGACGAUCUCCAGAAGAAACAUGUGUACAGGUUGGUGUAAUAAUAAUAAAAGAAAACGUAUUUAACGAAGCUGCCAGAAAUGUACCGUCCAUAAUUUAUAUUCGGUCGAUUGAUCAAUGGUGGCCACUUGUACCUGAAACUGUGAAAGCGGUCUUUUUGUGUCGUAUCGCUGCACUUGAUCCAUCAUUGCCCAUUUUAAUUUUAGCUACAAGUGAUAGAACAUAUCAGGAUCUUCCUACUCAACUCCGAAGUCUGUUUAGUGAACUUCGCAGUGAAGUUUAUUCUAUGAAAACACCAACAGCAGAACAAAGAUCUAAAUUCUUCCGACCUAUUUUUAUGGUUCAGAGUUUAAAACCACCAAAAAUAAAAGAUGAUAAAGUAGAAGUUUUAGAGGAGCUUCCUAUAGCACCCGACCCUUUACCAAAGAAAUUAACGGAAGAAGAAAAGAAAAUAAUGUAUGAGAAGGAAGAAGUUUCAUUAAGAGAAUUAAGAAUUUUCUUAAGAGAAAUUUGUGCAAAACUGGCAAGAAAUAGACAAUUUUUCAUGUUUACAAAACCAGUAGAUACGGAAGAAGUACCAGAUUAUAAUAUGAUAAUAAAACAGCCUAUGGAUCUAGAAACCAUGAUGACAAAGAUUGAUAUGCAUUGUUAUCUUUGUGCUCGAGAUUUUCUUGAUGAUAUUGAUCUUAUUUGUAAAAAUGCUUUGGAGUACAAUCCUGAUAGAGAUCCAGCAGACAAAUUGAUAAGGCACCGCGCAUGUUCUCUUCGAGAUAAUGCGUAUGCAUUAAUAAAAGCAGAAUUGGAUUCCGAUUUUGAGGAUAAAUGUCGUGAAAUUUCAAAGAAUCGUAAAAUUAUUGAAAGUGCCCCUAACAACGAAGUGGAAAAUAAAAAUCAAUCAAAAGCGGAACAACCUACAUCCACAAUCGAACGAACAGAUAAAAAAGACACUGCGAGUCCUAGUCAUUCCCUUAUUGUAAAUGGAAGAAGAUAUAAUAGUUCCAGGAAACGUAAAAUACCUGCUUGGGCAAGAGGAUAUGUAAAGAAAGUUCAUAAAAGGAAAAAAAUUGCUUUUGAUGAAAAUGUAACCGUAUCUGAUAACAAAGUUUGUCUAACCAAUGAAACAACAAGCAUAGACUUAGAAAAGUUUCAGGAAUUUGAAACUGAAGCAAAUAGUGUUUUGAAUGGUCAUGUUUCUUUAUUUGAUAAUUCUGAUUCUGAAAACGAUUCGCAAAACGAAAGUUCAAAAGACAUACAAGGAAUUCAAAGCAAUAAUGUCACUGAUCAACACAUCGAUGAAAUUGAAAAUGUCGAGAUAUGUUUUACAGAAGAAGAAAAGAAUGCAGAAAAUAGCGCGUCUAAUUCAUCAUCUAGACGGGAAAGUGUAGAUGAAUUAUCGUUUGCUAUUGAGAAUGAUUCUAGUCCAGCCAGAUCUGAAGAAAAUGAAAAACUUGUGAUAGAUAAAAGUGAAUUGGAGAAUGCAUGGCAAACUACCGUUGAAAUUACAAAGGAUUUUCCUGUUGAAGUACUACGCGACAUUUAUGUGCAACUGAGUCGAUGUGUAGGAAGAUAUGCUCAGAGUUACGAUAGAAAAUCACUGCCAAAGAAUGUCCUGCGUGAAGGAUUUCUCUUGCAUCGGAGGACUGGAGAAACAGAUCCGCGUUGUGAAGGAGACGGUUCUGUUCCCGCUCAUGUACGGUGACAUUUACGCGAAGUUCAACCUGAAACCGCCGAGGGGUUUGCUCUUUUACGGGCCUCCUGGAACAGGAAAAACAUUGGUAGCCAGUGCUUUAGCUGUUGAGUGUAGUAACUCCGAACGGAAGGUUUCCUUCAUAUCACGCAAAGGUUCUGACUGUCUUAGCAAAUGGGUCGGCGAAAGCGAGAAGAAACUUCAGAAGAUUUUUUCACUGGCGCAACAAUCGAAGCCUUGCAUAAUUUUCUUCGACGAAGUUGACGGUUUAGCACCAAUCAGAUCUAGCCGUCAAGACUUUGUGCACGCCAGCAUUGUCUCCACUCUCUUGGCCUUGAUGGACGGCUUAGAGAACAAUUCAGAGAUCAUAGUAAUUGGAGCAACGAAUAGAAUCGAUGCUAUAGAUCCAGCUCUAAGAAGACCAGGUCGAUUCGACAGAGAGUUAUACUUCCCGUUGCCAUGUUAUGCUGCGAGAAAAGAAAUACUCUCAGUACGCGUUCAUAUAAAAAGUUGGAAACAGAAACCACCGCAGAAAUUUUUGGCGUAUCUUGCAUCGAAAACAGUCGGAUUUUGCGGGAGUGAUUUGCAAGCUCUUUGCGCCGAGGCGGUAAUGUGCUGCGUUCGAAGAAACUAUCCGGAAAUAUACACGUCCAAGGCGAAAUAUCAAAUUAACGAACGCCAUCUUAAAGUAAUGAGAACAGUCGAGAAACAAGAUUUUCUAAGGGCACAACAAAAUAUUUUACCAGCAUCGCAUCGUGUUUCAGUCGCACCAGUGAAGUCUCUAUCAUAUAAAAUUCAGCCAUUGCUUCAAGAUAAUUUAUCACGCAUUCUAUCACAGCUCGAGAUUCUUUGUCCACCAGGAAUCACUGGUAGAGCUAUAUCGAGGUCAAACAACUGUCCCAGGAUUUUAUUGUACGGCGACGAUGACUCCCAUACUCGUCAUCUGGGACCAGCAUUACUCCACACCCUGGAACAUUUACCUUGCCAUGUGUUGGACGUUACAACUUUGUUCGAGGAAACAGGAAGGGCUGCAGAAGAAGCUCUCAUUCAAAAAAUGAAAAUGGCUCGACGAAGUUUACCAUCGUUGCUCUACAUUCCUGACAUCUUAGCAUGGUGGGAUCUGGUAGAUGAAGCGGCACGCGUCGUUUUUAUUUCCUUGAUGCAUGGCUUAGAUCGAUCGGUGCAUAUGUUAAUUUUGAUUACGGCCAAUUGCCCGGAAGAAGAUUUACCAGCAGAUAUUGCGUCAUUGUUCGACAAACACCGAGGCGAAAUGUUCGAAGUCAUGUCUCCCGACGCGCAGCAGCGGGAAUCAUUUUUUAAACAAUUAUUCGUUCACUCGACGUGUGAUCUCGAAUCUAAUUGUUCUUCACAAGCGAAAUUCGAACAAAUUAUGAAUUCGAAGAAGACGAAAGAAGUAGGUAGGAAACGAAAACAAACAGGACGUGCCGAUACCACGGAAAAUUGUCAAAUUCAAAUUAACGUCAAAAGAAAAAGCAGCGCGUCAGGCGAAGGACCACCGUCGAAACGUACAAGAAAUUCACCGCUUAAUUUGGCGUCGAGCAACGAGAAACUGAACGAUUUUGAAAUAGAGGAGCUGCUUCGUAAGAUCGUUGAGGUGACAGAAACAUGGCCGUGCUAUGACCUCGAGAAUGAAGAAUCGAAUUCGAGACUAAAUUUCAAUAAUGCCAUGCUGAUUGACGAGAUUUCAUCAGACUUCAGUGAUGAAAAUUUUUACGACACAAUGAACGGAGACACGUCAAUUGCAAUGAAACAAAAUGAAAAUGAAAAUAUUUCAAAUACGUCUGAACACUAUGACAGUACAAGUUUUUUUUCUUUACCCAAUACGAAAUCUCAUGCGAAUUGUAAAACUAAGAAUCCUAUUAAUGUAAAUAAUUCACAACAUCAACGAGACGUAGAUGCCGAAGAAAAAGAUAAUACAACACAUACACAUGUUUCGGUAAAAGCACAAUUAAGACAGAUGCUUGAUGAAGUUUUAGGAAAACCUGAUUCUGCAAAGCAGACAAACGAAACUGAUUCUACCAGAAACUUAAACAAUGAGUUCUCAUCAAGUAAUAGCAACUUAACAGAUAGAUCGGACAGUACAUUUGAAACAAAUAAUAACUCGAUGUGUCAAACGGAAAAAUUUCAUAAUAUCAUUAGAACUUCAACUGAGGAUGCAAAUGACCCGAGCAAAAUUAACGCUUCAUCUUCGCGUACAUACAGAUUGAAUUCUGAGAGAUUAAUUACAGUACUGGAGAAUUCCAAUGAAAGUAGCAGUGAUUCACAGCAAACUGAAUCCAACAAUUGGUCUGGGAAAUAUAUAGGCAAAUUAAAGAACUUCUUUUCUUGGAAACUGAACAACAAAUGCAUGAACAAAAAGAUAUUUACUACUAGUGAGAUAAGUGAUAAUACUUCUACAUCCUCAGAUACAUCGACUGAGAUUGAAAUGUUAAGUAAGGAAAUUUUUCAAAAAAUAAACGACUUACGAGCAAAUGAAUCUCCGAAUGUUGAUAUAAGUUUCCAAUUUAGAAAUGAAACUAUUAUCGUAGAAUCUACAAAUCGUAUUAAUUUGGUUAAAAAUGAAGCUAAUUCUACAAAAAAGGAAGACCAAGAUAAUAAUAACAAGAAAAAUAAUAAGAAGUCGAAAACCCCACAGAGAAUGGGCUUUUUUGAUAGAACAAAUUUUUAUGAAAGAAGUUCUAUAUCACCUAAUAUUAUUGCAUCUCCUAUAAAGCCUGUAACUUAUCUAAGAAAAAUCUUUAUGGACAUGGAAAAGAAGAAUAAGGGUGAACAGUCUAACAUAAAUCUUUACUAAUAAAAAUUUUAAUAUAAAAUUUAAUAUAACUUUAACGUAAAAAUCUUGAAUUAUACAUAAGAUUAUAAACAAACUAAUUUUUAUAUACAAAUUAUAGAAUGUUAUACAUUAAAAUUUAAUUUUCUCUUUCAGUACGAAGUGUGAAGCAGUCGCCAAUACACAAAUUACGUCAAACCAAGGUACCAUUUAUAUCUGUAACUCCGGCAACGCCGGAACACUUAAAAUAAUUGAUUAUUAAAAAUGCUUUGGUGUUAUUUAUUGCUAUGUUAUUAUUUAUUAUUGUUAUGUAUGUUAUUAUUAUUUAAUACUGUUUAUUACAUCAUGAAUGAUGAAAAUAAAAAUAUUGUUUUACAUCCCCUUUAAUCUUUCAAAGCAAUUUUCAAUGGCUAUUAUACAUAAUCCUGUUGAAUAACCCCGACCAUGAAAAUAAGUUAAUAAGUAAGCUGAAAGUUUUAUCAGCAUAACAACCGCUACUAGAUUAUGGAAAUUAGAUACUUCACUUUUUUCCCCUAUACAUACAGAAUUACAAUAAUCAGUUACUUCUAAAUUGGACAUGAACACGAACACGAACAUGAAGUUUGAAAUUGUGUAAAGAAGAAUUUCUAGGAAAAACUAGUUUAGUUCUAGUUUUAUUGCCCCAUGACGUGGUUGUUGAAAGAUUCGAACAACACAAAUAAGAGAUUUACAAAGUUUAGAAGUCUACUGUCAAAGUAGAACACUCUACUUCUGAGUAAUUUGGCAAGAGAGUAAUUUAUCUAUCUAAAUAUUUCUAUAAAUUUUAGAGUUAUAGUUAGAGUUGUAGAGUUAUAUAGAAUUAUCUUUCUAAAUAUUUCUAUAUAUUUCUAAAAUUUAUCUAUAAAAAUUUCUACCUUUUUCAUAAAAAUAAUUCUUUCGUUAGAAGAUCAAUGGAGUUGUAAUACAAUAUCGAAACUUCCUGAUUAGAAAUAAAACGAGUUCAAUUACUCAAGUUUUCACGAUAACGGUGAAAGAACAUUGACAAGAUCGUUCGAAUAUAUUACAACAACUUCCGUUGCACAACAAGAAAGUGUUGAGUUUGUGCGGUUUAGCAGUGGAAUUACUUUCUCCGUUACGACAAUGUUGCAUACGAAUAAUAGCAAUAAUAAACAUUAUAAAAUUGUAGAGUUAAUCUUUAAAUUAAUCUUUAGACUAUUGAACAACCAUUGAAUUCAAUUAAUCAUAUCAUUGUUUCCUCUUGUCAUUGGAGUCUCUUAUCAUAAGACAGAAACCUCGUAUUAGGCCACCUGUUUUUCUUACCUGCGAAUCUUCGUUUUUAAUUUAAUAUGAAGAUACUGAUUUCUCUGUGUUACUCUGUGUUCAGACAGAUUGUAACAGAAGAGAUAUCAUAGUUUUAAAAAACUUAAGGAAAAUAUUCCUAGUCAAGAAUUAUGUUGUUUUUAAGAAAUGAGUCCCAUAUUAGGCGACUUUACUCUAUGUAUGUAAUGAAUGUUGCAACACGUUAGAUACUUAUUAGAUAAUUAUUCUUUUGUAGAAGGGAUGUUAUUGAAAAUUGAUCAUAUACGACAGAGUUAUGCCACGUAAGUAUAUCACUUGUAAAACAUAAUCAUCAACUUUCUCAGCGUAAUUGAGCCACUGUAAAAAUGUCUAAUGAAAACAUAGGACAUGGAGAAAUAUAGUAUAGUAUCAUGCUUAUUCUAAUGGCAAAAAUGUUGUAUAAAAGUUAAAUUAAAGGACAAUCAAUUCGAUAAUUUAUAAUAAAUAAAUGAUAAAUAAAUUGAUUCAUUUUUUGUUUUAUGAACAUAGAAUAUAUUUUUAUACGGAGUAUUUUAUAAUAAAAUAUUGGAUUUAAGCAUGGACUUAAUCAUGUGGUUUUAUAAUACUUUUAAUCAGAUUUAUUUCGUUAUAUUCCAUAGCUACAUAACAAUUCCAAAUUUUAUAGUUGCAAAUUGCAAGUAUGUUCAUACUUUUAUAAACAUAACUAAAGAAUUCAAAUCCCCAGUGUCUAGUAGAAAUUUAUUUCAUCUACUAAAUAUUAUAACGAGCAGUUUAAAUAUUUUACAUCCAUUUUAACAUUAUGAGUAUUCCGUAUAUUUCUGUAGCUUCAAAUUUUCCAUGAAUACAUGGACAUCCGCAACCUAGUUACAGAUGUAUUCACUUCUUCAAAUCCAACUUCCCCUGACGAAUACCUUUUCACAAAGAAUGAUGUAUCGUAUCUGCUAAAUUCGUUUUCGGGGAUUUUACUUACUCAAAUUCUCAAUUUUCAGGUUCUGGACGUACCAGACGAAAAAGACAUCAGCACAGCAGCUGUCAGGAGCGAUUGA